GCCAAAGCUGCUGGUGGAGGUGCCGGCAGGGCUGCCUGUCCUCUGCCAGCCUGAGUUUGGUCCUCAGCUCCCCUGGCCUGCAGCAGCGUGGCUGGGAUGUUGCCGUGCCCUGGCGCUGGCAUGUGUCCGUCCUCAGGGCAGGGACUUCGGCUGUGUCACCGCAUCCUUACCUCACACAGGACAUCUGGGCGGCCCAGCCCUCGGCCGAGCCCUCACACCACAACACUCAGCCCUCACACCACUCAGGGCUGCAAAACCUCCCUGAAACCUGAAAAAUGGGUGGAAAAAACCCCAAAAAGGGCUGUGACUGUCCCCAAAGCCACUGUUGGGACCACAGCCCUGUCGCGCUCUUCCGGAGCAGGGAGGGACUCAGUGAAAGCAAUGCCUGGUUGCUCUUUUUUGGUGGAAGAAGCUGGUUUCAAGGGCGUUUUCAUUAAAAAGAAGGGGGGGGUGAAAAAAACAAGCCCUGAGCAGGGCUGGAAACUUCAGCGACAGGAAGGAAAUGGGGUGGUUUAUUUCGGUCUCGAGCUUGCUCAUCAGGGCAAUGCUUGCCUCUUCCUUGCACCGAUAGCAGCCCCUCCAUGAACAAUGGGGUUGUGGGACCCUUCCCGGCAGGAAAACGGCUCGUUCUGGUGAAAUCUCCUGGUCGGUGCUGAGUCAGCAGGUCCUGGUGGGACAGAGCGUGGUGCGGAGGGUGCUGGGUUAACCAGCCCGGUGCUGAUCAGGAGCAAACGUGCUGGGAGAGAUGGACACCUUCAGUACCAAGAGCCUGGCCCUGCAGGCCCAGAAGAAGCUCUUGAGCAAGAUGGCUACCAAGACCAUAGCCAACGUCUUCAUUGAUGACACCAGCAGCGAGAUCUUGGACGAGCUCUAUCGGGCCACCAAGGAGUACACCCACAACCGCAAAGAGGCCCAGAAGAUCAUCAAAAACCUCAUAAAGAUUGUCAUGAAGUUGGGCGUGCUCUACCGCAACGGGCAGUUCAACCCUGAGGAGCUGCUGGUGAUGGAGCGCUUCCGCAAGAAGGUGCAUACCUUGGCCAUGACAGCCGUCAGCUUCCACCAGAUAGACUUCACCUUCGACCGCCGGGUCAUGUCGGGUGUCCUCACGGAGUGCCGGGACCUGCUGCACCAGGCUGUCAAUGGCCACCUGACGGCCAAAUCCCACUCCCGCAUCAACCACGUCUUCAAUCACUUUGCGGACUAUGAGUUCCUCUCAGCUCUCUACGGGCCAUCCGAGCCCUACCGCACCCACCUGAAGAAGAUCUGUGAAGGAGUUAACAAGAUGCUGGAGGAGGACAACAUAUGAAGGUGGUUGAGAUGGGCCAUUGGCAAUAACUGCCGGACUCUGCCUCCUCUGAGACUGAGGAUAGGACAUAUGCGUGUUUUGACCAUUACUAGGCUUGAGGUCCUCUUGUCCUCUGUAGUGCUAACUCAUUUUCUCCUUGUUUCUACAAAAGACUGAACCUCUUGACUUUGUCUAACCCUUGCCUGGGGUCUGCAAACCCACCCUAUGCUGGAAUAAGUCCUUUCCAGGUGAUCCUGGGCUCCUGCUGUACAGUUUCAUUUCCUUUGCCCACGAAGUGCUCUUAGCUUGGAGUCCAAGGAA